AUUUUAUUCAAUAAGUAUCUAAUUUUACACAGGGGAUUACAUUAGCUACCAUGACGUGCUAUUUAGGAACAGAAUCAUCUAAAUGUGACAGAAAGUUAUUGACAGUUACCUACGUCCAACAACCAGAAGAAAAAGAUGGCCCCUGUAAGUACAGCCAAGUGGUGGGGGAUGAAGGUAUGGAGAUGAUCCCCAGAUGGGCCUGGCAGGCACCUCCCAUACCAGAGACUCCAGUACUACCAACCCCUGCAACUCUGGUGCGCAUAACAAUAACAGGUGGACAACCUUGCAAAACAUUCGACAAAUGCUGCAAGGCACUCAAGAAGAUCAGAACUGUGACGAAGAGGCAGAAAGGGAUCGACGAUGUUCCUUUUAAUUUUAUGAUUGGAGCCGAUGGUCGAGUCUACGAAGGAAGGGGGUGGACGUUAGAACCCCAUAGAGACAUGUUAUUCGCUCCAGAGCUCAUGGGCAAUUAUUUAGAGUUUGCAUUCAUUGGAAAAUACGACAGCAAACACAAGGAGCCGUGGGCCUGUCGUGGUACAGCAAAUAUGCUGCUAAGAUAUGGAGUAAAGAUGGGCUUCAUACACCCAGAAUACCACGCUGAAUAUGACUACCAAGACAAGGUGUUCGACUACUUCAGAAAGCCAAGAAAACUCAAUAGAUGGUUUAGACCUCACACGACCAGAUAA